AUGGUCUUAAACGCCUUUACUCUUCAACGCAAAUAUCCUCAACUACAAGUAAAUGAUAUAAAUAGUCUGAUAGACCAAUUCAACGAGAUUGAUUUGGAUCAAGACGGCUACCUUGAUUAUAAUGAAAUUCAAAAGGCUUGUAAAGAAACUGGUUACAGUAGUAACUAUGAUGAAAUUAGAGCUACUUUGAAAGAUGUCAGCACAAAUACAGUUGGUAAAAUUGACGUGGAAGAAUUUAUCGAGGGGGUCAUAGAAGGGUCUAAUAAGGGGUUGGUGAGAGGGAAAAGAAUUAAAAAAAAGGGGGAAACUAUGUCAGUGCGCUUUCUACAACUAUGUCAAUAUGGUCAUUGUCAUAGGAUAGAACGCGUAUGGAGUCAUGAAGCGUCGGUUAUUAAAAAAGAGAGAAAAAGAGCAAGACAAAGAAAAUUCUAUGCCAAGAGUUCCUUUGAUGCUAAUCCUACUUCUUUCUUUUCUUGGCAGCUCGCAGCAAAGUUAAAGGCUGGAGGCAAUAAGGGUGCAUUUGAUGUCCAUCAAAACAAGAUUAAGGUUCAUGGAACCAAUGCAAAUGUUACACAUACCAUCAAUGACGAUGAACGUACAGAAUUCACAAGACAUAUCAAUGGCGUUUUAGCUGGAGACCCUCAUAUCGGCAAGCGUUUACCUAUUCCAACAAACACAAUGCAAAUUUUUGAUGAGUGCAAAGAUGGUCUCAUUCUUUGUAAGCUGAUCAAUGAUGCUGUACCCGACACUAUUGAUGAACGUGUACUUAAUGUCAAAACUAAGCUUAAUAACUUCCAAAUGGUUGAAAAUAACAAUAUCGUUAUCAACUCUGCCAAAGCUAUCGGCUGUUCUGUCGUAAACAUUGGUCCAACAGAUAUCAUCGAAGGUCGUGAACAUUUAAUUCUGGGUUUAAUCUGGCAAAUCAUCAAACGAGGAUUGCUGAGCAAGAUUGAUAUCAAACAGCAUCCUGAAUUGUAUCGUCUUUUAGAGCAAGAUGAAACACUUGACGAAUUCUUGAGAUUGCCUCCCGACCAAAUCUUGCUAAGAUGGUUCAAUUAUCACUUGAAAGCUGCCGGAUGGGAACGAAGAGUUUCCAAUUUCUCCAAGGAUGUCGCUGAUGGUGAAAACUAUACAGUUUUGCUCAAUCAACUCAAGCCCGAGUCCUGUUCUCGUGCACCAUUACAAGAGCGUGAUCUUUUGAAGAGAGCCGAAAUGAUUUUAGAUAAUGCUGAAAGAAUCAACUGUCGUAAAUACCUGACACCCACUGCCUUAGUGGCUGGCAACCCCAAAUUGAACUUGGCCUUUGUUGCCCACUUGUUCAACACACACCCUGGCUUGGAUCCCUUGACAGAGGAAGAAGCACCCGAGAUUGAGCCAUUUGAUGCAGAAGGCGAGCGUGAGGCAAGAAUGUUUACUCUUUGGCUCAACAGUCUGAACGUCGAACCUGGUGUAUACAGUCUCUUUGACGAUUUACAGGACGGUUUGGUCCUGCUUCAAGCCUUUGAUAAGGUUGUGCCUGGUAUUGUCAACUGGCGCGCAGCGAGUCGUAAACAACCUCUCUCUCGCUUUAAACAAAUUGAAAACUGUAACUAUGCUGUCCGCUUAGGACAAGAGCUCCAUUUCUCUCUUGUUGGUAUUCAGGGAUCAGACAUCGUGGACGGACAAAGAACACUCACUUUGGGUCUUGUCUGGCAACUCAUGCGUGAGAACGUCGUUCAUACACUUCAAUCACUCAACAAGAAUGGCCGUCCAGUGAGUGAUCAAGAUCUUGUCCGCUGGGCUAAUGAAACAGUUCAACGUGGUGGCAAGAAUAGCAGAAUGACCUCCUUCAAGGAUCCUUCACUUAGUACAGGUGUAUUCUUUUUGGACGUGCUUAACGGUAUGAAGCCUGGUUAUGUGGACUACAGCAUGGUUACGGAUGGAAGAACCGAGGAAGAUGCAUUUAACAAUGCAAAACUUGCUAUCUCUAUUGCUCGUAAGGUGGGAGCUACUAUUUUCCUUGUACCUGAAGAUAUUGUCGAAGUCCGACCAAAGAUGAACUUGACUUUCAUUGGUAGUUUGAUGCAAGUCGAUAAAGGAAUUCAGCAUUAA